GUGCUAACUGUUAGAACACUGCAUGAAAAACUUACGUUCUUUUUGCCAGCUGGAGAACAAAGUGCUUUACAUCUUGGCCAAGUAUUUGAACCCUUUGCUGGCCUAAAUCCUGUGCACUAUAAUCCUUACACAGAGCCAUUAUGGAAAGCAGCAGUCUCUCAGUAUGAAAGAAUUAUUGCACCAGCAGAACAAAAAAUAGCAAGCAAACUGAAGAAAUUUAUUUCAGAAAUUCAGGACAGUCCUCAGCAGCUUCUUCAAACAUUUCAGAAAUAUAAGGAUCUGAUAAAGCAUCCAAAUAUAAAUAAAGAAUUGCUUUUUGAGAGGGAAACACUGCUGGCAAGACUUCAAGAUUAUAUCAAAGACUAUCAGACAGACUUUGAAACUCGGUGCCAUGGUGUUCCUGGUGAUGCCUGUGGACCACUGUCAGGCAAAAACCUUUCUGAAGUUGUCAAUAAUAUUGUAUGGGUACGGCAGCUGGAGCUGAAGGUGGAUGAUGCUAUGAAGCUGGCAGAUGCUCUUCUAUCUGACUUAUCUGGAUUUCAAACUUUUCAUCAAAGUGCGGAUUCUUUUCUGGAAGAGUUAAAAGUAUAUGAACAAGAACAGUUUGAUGAUUGGUCUAGGAAUAUCCAGUCAGAAUUAUCAAAUCCCAAGUCAGGACUUUGCAUCCAAGCUAAUAGUCCUGUGAUGGAGUUGGAUCACAAAUUUGGAACACUAAACAUACUUUAUUCAGAUCGUUUGGUGAUGCUCUUAAGAGAAGUACGUCAACUGUCAGCACUUGGUUUUGCUAUACCAGCUAAAAUACAGCACCUUGCAAACAGCGCACAAAAGUUCUGUAAGCAGGCGGUCAUCCUCAAACAGGUGGCACAUUUUUAUAAUUCUGUUGAUCAACAGAUGAUUGAGAGUCAGAAGCCAAUGAUGUUGCAAUCUGCUCUAGCAUUUGAACAGAUAAUUAAGCAUUCAAAAUCUGGUCCUGGAGGAAAAGCUCAAAUAACAUGGGAUAAUCCUAGAGAAUUAGAAGCGUAUAUCCAAAAACUCCAAGCUGCUGCUGAACGACUUUCAACUGAAAAUAGAAAACUAAGGAAGUGGCACACAAACUUCAUUGAAAAGGUUAUAUCACUCAUGAAUAUUGAUCUACUUCGGCAGCAGCAGCGUUGGAAAGAUGGACUUCAGGAGCUUAGAACUGGUUUCGCCAGCCUCGAAUCACAGGGUUUCAAGUCACGUGAUAUGAAAGCUUGGAGACAGCACUGGAAUCAUCAACUUUACAAAGCUCUGGAACAUCAGUAUCAAAUGGGCUUAGAAGCACUCAAUGAAAAUUUACCAGAAAUAAAUAUUGAUCUAACAUUCAAGCAAGGCCGGUUGCAAUUCAGACCUCCUUUUGAAGAAGUACGAGCUAGAUAUUAUAGAGAAAUGAAGAGAUUUAUCUCCAUUCCAAAUCAGUUCAGGGGAGUGAGUGAAGCAGAAGAAGAGUCUAUAUUUACUGUUAUGACCGAAAGAAAUGCAAAUGGAUUUCUGACUGCUUUCAGUAAAGCAGAGGAUUUGUUCAGAAGGCUAACAGAUGUUUCUAAUCAAUUCAAGGAAUGGAUCGUAAUUGGCCAAGUAGAUAUGGAAUCUCUUGUGAAGACGCAUCUUUCUAGCAAGCAGGACUGGGAAAAAAACUUCAAAGCAUUAAAAGUGAGAGGGAAAGAAGCAGAACAUCUUCCAAGCACCCUCAGGAUAGAUUGUAUAACUGUUAAUUGCAACCCUGUGAAAACUGUUAUUGAUGAUUUUAUUCAGAAGUUGUAUGAUGUUCUUGUCAUUUCUUUGAGAAAAUCUAUUCAAGGUCAGCUCUGCGAUGUUUCUUCAUUUCUCACUAGUGCCAUGGAAACAUUAGUGAUUAGGCCCCAGACUGUAGAGGAAAUAGCAGAAGACAAUUUAAAAUACUUGAACCUCCGUGAACAAAAAGAAGGGGUUUUCCGUGUGUUUCAAGAGGCUGAGGAUAAAAACAAACUUCUGCGAACUGUAGCUGGUGCAGGUUUGGACACUAUCAGUAACCUAAGAGCUACAUGGGAUAAAUUUGAAUUAAUGAUGGAAAGCCACCAGCUUAUGAUUACAGAACAGAUUGAAGUGAUGAAAGGAAAUGUGGUUUCACGUAUUAAUGUAUAUCUUCAAGACCUGGAAAAGUUUAAAGCUCGCUGGGAUCAGCUAAAGCCAAGUGACGAUGUCGUUGAAACAGGUGAUCAGGAUGUGCUUGAGAAAAGUGCUCAGAUCAUAAAAGAGAAAAAAAAAGAAUUUGAUGAACUCGAAACUAUGAAAGAAAAGCUGAUUGAAGAAUGCCAUCAUUUUAAAUUGGAAGAACCUGACUUCUCAUUGUCAAAACUUGUAUCUCAAGAUAUUAAGAGCUGUGCAGACGUCUGGGCAUUGUAUGAAGAAUUUUAUCAAGGUUUUCAGGAAAAAGCCAAAGAAGACUGGAUUACUUUUAGGAGUAAAACAUAUCUAUUUGAAGAAUUUUUAUUUAACUGGAAUGACAAAAUGAGGAAGAUGGAAGAACAUACUGUAAUGACAGUAAAGUUGCAAAAAGAAGUGGACAAAUACAAAAUGAUAAUACCGCUCCUAAAAUACAUAAGAGGAGAACACCUUUCUGCAGACCAUUGGCUGGAUCUCUUUCGCCUUCUUGGUCUUCCCCGAGGCACUACGCUUGAAGGUUUGUUAUUUGGAGACCUGCUAAAAGUGACGGAUGUCAUUAUAGAAAAAUCAAUGGAACUUAAGGAUUUGAAUUGUCGGGCCCAAGGUGAAGUCACAAUCAGAGAAGCAUUACGUGAACUUGAACUCUGGGGAGUUGGAGCUGUCUUUACGUUAACAGAUUAUGAAGAUAGCCAAGGCAAGACUGUGAGGCUGAUUAAAGACUGGAAGGACAUAGUCAACCAAGUUGGAGAUCAUCGUUGUCUUCUGCAGUCCCUCAAGGACUCUCCCUAUUACAAAGGUUUUGAAGAUAAAGUGUCCAUUUGGGAGAAAAAAUUAGCUGAGCUGGAUGAGUAUCUGCAGAAUUUGAACCAAAUUCAAAGGAAAUGGGUCUAUUUGGAACCAAUAUUCGGUCGUGGAGCUCUGCCCAAGGAACAGGCUCGUUUUAACAGAGUCGAUGAAGACUUUAGAUCAAUUAUGUCAGAUAUCAAGAGCGACAAUAGGAUAACAUCACUGAAUGUCCGGACGGGAAUAAGAAAUACCUUAAUUACCAUCCUUGACCAGCUUCAGAGAUGUCAGAGAUCUUUGAUUGAGUUUUUGGAGGAGAAGCGCUCAGCAUUUCCAAGAUUCUAUUUCAUUGGAGAUGAUGACCUAUUAGAAAUUUUAGGACAGUCUACAAAUCCUCUGGUUAUCCAGUCUCAUCUUAAGAAACUUUUUGCUGGCAUUAAUAGUGUGAGCUUUGACGAAGAAUUUAAAUACAUAGUUGCCAUGAAGUCUGUAGAAGGAGAAACCGUGCCACUUAGAAAUAAAGUCCUUCUGUCAAAUGAUGUGGAGGUGUGGCUAAACAGUUUGGCUUUGGAGAUGAAGGAGACCCUGAAAAAAAUGUUAAUUGACUGUAUCGAUGCUGGAAAAAAAUCACAAGGUUCAAUUGAUCCAUCGCUCUUUCCUUCCCAGAUUCUUUCCUUGGCAGAACAAAUUCAGUUCACUGAAGAUGUUGAAAGUGCUAUCAGAGACCAUAAUCUGCAACAAUUAGAAUUAGAACUUACGGCUAAACUGGAGCAUUAUACUAGCAUUGAUACCAGUAUAGAAGAUACUGGGAGUUCAGAAUCAGGAAUCCUUGAGCUCAAGCUUAAAGCUCUUAUUCUUGAUAUCAUUCAUAACAUUGAUGUGGUGAAGCAACUGAGUCAAGCUCAGGUUCACAGUGUUGAGGACUGGGCUUGGAAGAAGCAGCUGAGAUUUUACAUGAAAAACCAAAAAUGUUACAUUCAGAUGGUAGAUGCUGAACUCCAAUAUACUUAUGAAUAUCAGGGUAAUUCCCCUAAACUUGUCUAUACGCCUUUGACGGAUAAGUGUUACCUAACGCUUACCCAGGCUAUGAAGAUGGGCCUUGGAGGAAAUCCCUAUGGUCCAGCUGGAACUGGAAAGACCGAAUCAGUAAAGGCCUUGGGUGGACUUCUUGGAAGACAAGUAUUGGUCUUUAACUGUGAUGAGGGCAUCGAUGUGAAGUCGAUGGGGCGCAUAUUUGUGGGCAUAGUGAAGUGUGGUGCCUGGGGCUGUUUUGAUGAAUUCAAUAGACUUGAGGAAGCUGUAUUGUCUGCAGUAUCCAUGCAGAUUCAGACGAUUCAACAUGCAUUGAGGAAACAUAGUCCUAUAUGUGAGAUGCUUGGCAAAAAGGUUGAAAUGGAUCAUAAUUCUGGAAUUUUUAUCACGCUGAAUCCCGCUGGAAAAGGUUAUGGAGGAAGACAAAAACUGCCUGAUAACCUCAAACAACUUUUCAGGCCAGUUGCUAUGACUCAUCCAGACAAUGAACUCAUUGCAGAAGUGAUUUUGUACUCAGAAGGCUUUAAGGAUGCAAAAAUACUUGGUAGAAAAUUAGUGGCUAUUUUUAAUCUAGCAAGGGAGCUUCUGACACCACAGCAGCACUAUGAUUGGGGCUUACGAGCAUUGAAGACUGUUUUGAGAGGCUGUGGCAGUCUUCUCCAUCAGCUGAAGAAAAGUGAAGCGAAGCAAGAAAUUAAUGAAAGUCACAUGGUGGUUCAAGCUCUGCGGCUUAACACCAUGUCAAAGCUUACAUUUGCCGACUGUGCACGUUUUGAUGCGCUGGUUAAAGAUGUGUUUCCUGGCAUUGACUUUAAAGAUGUGGAGUAUGCUGAGUUAACUACAGCUUUACAACAAGUCUUUGAAGAAGCAAACUUGGAAAUCAUAAGCAGCCAGAUCAAGAAGGCUUUGGAAUUAUAUGAACAACUAUGUCAAAGAAUGGGUGUAGUGAUUGUAGGUCCCAGUGGCGGAGGGAAAUCGACACUGUGGCGGAUGUUAAAGACAGCACUUGGCAAAACUGGCAAAGUGGUGAAACAGUACACUAUGAAUCCCAAAGCUAUGCCCCGACACCAGUUGCUUGGUCACAUUGACAUGGAUACCAGAGAAUGGUCUGAUGGCGUCCUUACAAAUAGCGCUCGACAAGUGGUACGAGAACCCCGAGAUGUUACUUCAUGGAUAAUUUGUGAUGGUGAUAUAGAUCCUGAAUGGAUUGAAUCUUUGAAUUCAGUUUUGGAUGACAACAGAUUGUUGACUAUGCCCAGCGGAGAAAGAAUUCAGUUUGGCUCAAAUGUCAACUUUAUAUUUGAAACUCAUGACCUUAGCUGUGCCUCUCCUGCUACAAUAUCUCGAAUGGGAAUGAUCUUUCUGAGUGAUGAAGAUACAGAUCUUAAUUCUCUGAUAAAGUCUUGGCUAAGAAGUCAGCCUGAAGAAUGCAGAUACAACCUUGAAAAUUGGAUUGGGGACUACUUUGAAAAGGCUUUAAACUGGGUUGUGAAGAAGAAUGACUCGGUGGUAGAAACGAGUUUAGUUGGAACUGUGAUGAAUGGACUAUCUCAUCUCCAUGGAUGUACUGAUCGUGGACAGUUUAUUAUUAACUUGUUACGUGGUCUUGGUGGCAAUCUUAACAUGAAAUCGCGACAAGAGUUUGCUAAAGAGAUCUUCAGCUGGGCGCAAGAAUCUCCACCAGAUCCAAGGAGGCCCCUGGAUACGUAUUACGACACUGACACUGGACAGCUAAUGCUAUAUCAGCUGAAAAAACCUGAAAACCUAACAGCAGAUGACUUCAGUAAUCUCCAAACACUUCCUGUCAUCCAAACUCCUGACAUGCAGAGAAGUUUAGAUUAUUUUAAACCCUGGCUUGACUUUACCAAUAAGCAGUCAUUUCUUCUUGUGGGUCCUGAAGGAUGUGGAAAGGGGAUGCUGCUUCAUUAUGCAUUUUCUCAACUCCGAUCCACUCAGAUCGCUACCAUUCACUGCAGCGCACAAACUACUUCUCAACAUCUGCUACAAAAAUUAAGUCAAACUUGCAUUGUAAUCAGUACAAACACGGGGCGAGUGUAUAGACCGAAGGACUGCGAAAGGCUCGUGUUAUACUUAAAGGAUAUCAAUCUACCCAAACCUGAUAAAUGGGGAACAAGCACUCUUGUGGCUUUUCUACAGCAGGUUCUUACAUAUCAAGGAUUUUAUGAUGAAAAUCUGGAAUGGGUUGGUUUAGAAAACAUCCAAAUUGUGGCUUCCAUGUCUGCUGGGGGAACAUUAGGAAGACAUAAACUCACCUCCAGAUUUACUUCUAUUGUUCGUCUCUGUACAAUUGACUAUCCAGAAAGAGACCAACUACAAGCUAUUUAUAGUGCCUACCUGGAACCUGUACUGCAGAAAAACCUAAAGAAUCAUCCUGUUUGGGGUUCUUUACCAAAAAUACAUCAGCUAGCAGGAUCUAUGGUUCAAGUAUACGAACAGGUACGAGCAAAAUUCACAGUUGAUGAUCACAGUCAUUACCUCUUUACACCAUGUAUUCUUACUCAGUGGGUUCUUGGUUUAUUCAGAUAUGAUUUAGCAGGUGGAUCAUCAAUACAAACUGCAGACUAUGUACUGGAAAUUGUUGCUUAUGAAGCAUGUCGUUUGUUCCGUGAUAAAAUUGUUGGCAUGAAAGAACUUCACGUAUUUGAUAAUAUUUUGAUGAAAGUGUUUCAAGGUGAUUGGGGCUCAGAUGUUCUGGACAAUAUGGCAGAUACCUUCUAUGUAACCUGGGGAGCUUGUCAAGAAGCAUUCACCACACCUGGACAGGCACUACCACCGCAUGGGAGGCUGCUGGGCAGGCUCAACUCAUCAGACCUGAAAGAUAUUAUUCAAAAA